GGCGCCGCUCAUCUGUUGGUCCCGACGCCGCGAGGGCGGGGCCUGCAGUUCGGUUGCGCGGCGGAGUGCAGCUGUGAGGGAGUCUCUGUGGUCCCGGGCCCCGGAACCCGAGCUGGAGCUGCAGCGCAGGCUGCCGGGAGCGGAGUCGGGAGGCCUGAGUGUUUGUUCCAGCAUGUCGGAGGGGGAGUCUCAGACAGUACUCAGCAGUGGCUCAGACCCAAAGGUAGAAUCCUCAUCCUCAGCUCCUGGCCUGACGUCAGUGUCACCUCCUGUGACCUCCACCACCUCAAAUGCUUCCCCAGAGGAAGAAGAAGAAAGUGAGGAUGAGUCUGAGAUCUUGGAAGAGUCACCCUGUGGGCGCUGGCAGAAGAGGCGAGAAGAGGUGAAUCAACGGAAUGUACCAGGCAUUGACAGUGCAUACCUGGCCAUGGAUACAGAGGAGGGUGUAGAGGUCGUGUGGAACGAGGUCCAGUUCUCUGAGCGCAAGAACUACAAGUUGCAGGAAGAAAAGGUCCGUGCUGUGUUUGAUAAUCUGAUUCAGUUGGAACAUCUCAACAUUGUUAAGUUUCACAAGUAUUGGGCUGAUGUUAAAGAGAACAAGGCCAGGGUCAUUUUUAUCACAGAAUACAUGUCAUCUGGGAGUCUUAAGCAAUUUCUGAAGAAGACCAAAAAGAACCACAAGACUAUGAAUGAAAAGGCUUGGAAGCGCUGGUGCACACAAAUCCUCUCUGCCCUAAGCUACCUGCACUCCUGUGACCCCCCCAUCAUCCAUGGGAACCUGACCUGUGACACCAUCUUCAUCCAGCACAACGGACUCAUCAAGAUUGGCUCUGUGGCUCCUGACACUAUCAACAAUCAUGUGAAGACCUGUCGGGAAGAGCAGAAGAAUCUACACUUCUUUGCACCGGAGUAUGGAGAAGUUACUAAUGUGACAACGGCAGUGGACAUCUACUCCUUUGGCAUGUGUGCACUGGAGAUGGCAGUGCUGGAGAUUCAGGGCAAUGGAGAGUCCUCAUAUGUGCCACAAGAAGCCAUCAGCAGUGCCAUUCAGCUUCUAGAAGACCCAUUACAGAGGGAGUUCAUUCAAAAGUGCCUGCAGUCUGAGCCUGCUUGCAGACCAACAGCCAGAGAACUUCUGUUCCACCCAGCACUGUUUGAAGUGCCCUCGCUCAAACUCCUUGCUGCCCACUGCAUUGUGGGACACCAACACAUGAUCCCAGAAAAUGCUCUGGAGGAGAUCACCAAAAACAUGGAUACCAGUGCUGUAUUGGCUGAAAUCCCUGCUGGACCAGGAAGAGAACCAGUUCAGACUUUGUACUCUCAGUCACCAGCUCUGGAACUGGAUAAAUUCCUUGAAGAUGUCAGGAAUGGGAUCUACCCCCUGACAGCCUUUGGGCUGCCUCGGCCCCAGCAGCCACAGCAGGAGGAGGUGACAUCACCUGUGGUGCCCCCCUCUGUCAAAACUCCAACACCUGAACCAGCUGAAGUGGAGACCCGGAAGGUGGUGCUGAUGCAGUGCAACAUUGAGUCAGUGGAGGAGGGAGUCAAACACCAUCUGACGCUUCUGCUGAAGCUGGAGGACAAACUGAACCGGCACCUGAGCUGUGACCUGAUGCCAAAUGAGAACAUCCCCGAGUUGGCAGCUGAGCUGGUGCAGCUGGGCUUCAUUAGUGAGGCUGACCAGAGCCGACUGACCUCUCUGCUAGAGGAGACCCUGAAUAAGUUCAAUUUUGCCAGGAACAGCACCCUCAACUCAGCCGCUGUCACCGUCUCCUCUUAGAGCUCACUCGGGCCAGGCCCCUAAUCUGAGCUGUGGCUGUCACUAGAUGUGCCACAGCCCUCCUGCCCCUUCCCCCCAGUCAGUAUUACCCUGUGAAGCCCCUUCUCUCCUUUAUUAUUCAGGAGGGCUUUGGGGCUCCCUGGUUCUGAGCAUCACCCUACCCCUUCUCCCUCUCUUCCUCCCCUCUGCACUUUGUUUACUUGUUUUGCACAGACGUGGGCCUGGGCCUUCUCAGCAGCCGCCUUUUAGUUGGGGGCUAGUAGCUGAUCUGCCGGCUCCUGCCCAGCCUGUGUGGGAAGGAAGCCCACCGGCACUGGGGGAGCCGAGUUCUACAAUCCCGCUGGGGCGGACGGGGCGGGACAGGAGGGUGGUGCUGCAGUGGUGGCCCUGGGGGGCCAUUCGAUUCGCCUCAGUUGCUGCUGUAAUAAAAGUCUACUUUUUGCUAAAA